UAGCUCAAGCAAAAGUAGUGAGAAGGGGAAUGUCGGCUUGUGAAUGAUCGGUUUUUGAGGCGGCAGGGAGCGUCAACGUUAUGGCUCAACAAAAGAAUCUGGAGGGAUAUGUUGGCUUUGCAAGCCUCCCCAACCAAGUGUACAGGAAGUCUGUCAAGAGGGGCUUUGAGUUCACCCUGAUGGUCGUGGGCGAGUCAGGGCUGGGGAAAUCCACGCUGAUCAACUCUCUGUUCCUAACAGACCUGUAUUCUGCAGAGUAUCCUGGACCUUCACAUAGAAUCAAAAAGACUGUGCAGGUGGAACAGUCCAAAGUUUUAAUAAAGGAAGGCGGAGUCCAGCUGCUGCUCACAAUAGUUGACACCCCAGGGUUCGGAGAUGCUGUUGACAACAGCAACUGCUGGCAGCCAAUCAUCGAUCACAUAGACAGCAAGUUUGAAGACUACCUGAACUCAGAAUCUCGGGUGAAUAGAAGACAGAUGCCUGACAGCCGAAUCCACUGCUGCCUGUACUUCAUUGCCCCCUCGGGACAUGGACUGAAGCCCCUGGACAUUGAAUUCAUGAAACGGUUGCAUGAGAAAGUAAAUGUCAUCCCACUGAUCGCCAAAGCAGACACUCUCACCCCAGAGGAAUGCCAACAGUUCAAGAAGCAGAUCAUGCGGGAAAUCCAAGAGCACAAAAUCAAGAUUUACGAGUUUCCUGAGACAGAUGAUGAAGAAGAGAACAGACUGGUGAAGAAGAUAAAGGACAAGUUGCCGCUGGCUGUAGUAGGAAGCAACACCAUUAUCGAGGUGAAUGGCAAACGGGUCAGAGGGAGACAAUACCCCUGGGGGGUUGCAGAAGUUGAAAACAGCGACCACUGCGACUUCACCAUCCUUAGGGACAUGCUCAUCAGAACUCACAUGCAGGACCUGAAGGAUGUGACAAACAACGUCCAUUAUGAAAACUACCGCAGCAGGAAGCUGGCUGCCGUCACUUAUAAUGGAGUGGACAACAACAGGGCUAAAGGACAGCUGUCCACCAAACUUGACACAGUUGAAGGAAUGAGUCCCCUGGCCCAGAUGGAGGAAGAGAGGCGAGAGCACGUGGCUAAGAUGAAGAAGAUGGAGAUGGAGAUGGAGCAGGUGUUUGAGAUGAAAGUCAAGGAGAAAGUGCAGAAGCUCAAAGACUCUGAAGCAGAGCUUCAGCGGCGUCACGAGCAGAUGAAGAAGAACCUGGAGGCUCAGCACAAGGAGUUGGAGGAGAAGAGACGUGUGUUCGAGGACGAGAGAGCGAACUGGGAGGCCCAGCAGCGCCUGGAGCAGCAGAAACUGGAGGCCUCCAGGACUCUGGAGAAAAACAAAAAGAAAGGCAAGAUCUUUUAAGGACAGUCGGCAGGACCACCCCAACUCGAGUUAUUUUUGUUUGCCAACGUUGCCGGUCAGGACACCCGUGUGUGGCACUGACAUCACCCCACCCCCUCCUCCUCCUCCUCCUCCUCCUCCUCCUCUUCCUCUUCUUCUUCUUCUUCUUCUUCUUCUUCUUCUUCUUCUUCUUCUUCUCUUCUCUUUCCUCCUCCUCCUCUUCCCCUGUCCCUGCUCUGUCUGCCAGCACAGCUGUGCUCCUGCUUCCAGCCACGAGACGGUGUACUGGGGGCAUUGGUGGGUAUGUGAGGGGGCGGCUGCAUGCACGGCCAGAACCGGCACCGCAGAGCCCCCCCGCUGCCUCAGGACUCAUCAUCAUCAAGGAAUGUGUUUACCUUAACGACAGGAAGAAUAACCCCAUUUUAGUGAGGCCAAACCCAUAUUAUUUUAAUUAUUAUUAUUGAUGUUAUUAUUAUUAUUAUUAUUGUUGUUGUUAUUACUGAAUACUGCCCCCACCCCCUCCUACUGCUCCUUUUUUCCACCUCCCAAGGUUGCUUUUAUGACUGAUGUGUACAGAUCGGUGUGGAGAGCAAAGACGAGAAAAUCCUCUGUCUGACUGUUGUACAAUCAAUUUCUGGUGAAUUUUAUUUGUUUACAGGAGAAAUUAAAGUAACCGUAUAUGAACAUUAACCUGAUCUUCCGUCAUGUAUUAAGUGAGAAGAGGACAAGGCAUCAACUAAUCCUGUUUUUGUUUUUGAGUGUACCUGACAAACCCUCGUCCCAUCAGAGCAACAGGCUGAACUGAAACGGUGUCGACACAACAACCUGAAAUCAACAAGAACAAUAAAAUGCACCUUGGGCCUUUUUAUAGAUUUAAAAAAACAAAAUGGCUUAAGCUUCUUUUUUCUCAAAUGUAACGCUUUUUUCUCCUCUGUGUUUAGCUAUUUCCACUAGCCUUGGACCACCAUUUAUAAUGUCAUAAGUGUUAUAUUUCACUUUAGUUUAUUUUUAUAUAUACCGAGCCAGCUGAAGUAAUAACUUCUUUUGUAUGUUUAGAAAUUCCUCAGAGACUCGACAGCAGCGUCCACUGUUAAAGAAAAACACUUCCACGUCUAACAGUGGUUCUGGGACGCAUUUAAAAAAAAAAAAAAAAAAGAUGAAAAAAAUUCAGUCACUCUGCGGAAAUGAUCAGUGGGAAAUGAAGAGUCAACAUCACAUUUUGCUUUGGCUAUGUACUCCAUCUAUGUAUUUUUAAUUUUAUUUUUCAUUUGUAAUGUACAAAGUCACUUAAUAAACCUGUGAUGAUA